AUGGUGAUUGGUAACAUCUGUGUUGAAGACAACGUCAUACCAGCACUGUUCGACACGGGAGCAGAGGUUUCCCUCAUCUCAAGACAAGCACUUCAACGACUGGCCCCCACUGCAGAAAUCUACACCAACUCUGCCCAUCACAUUAUAGUGGCUGACGGUGGUGCUUUGAACGUCGACGGUAUCGUCAUGCUCAAGGUCUCCACCAACCGUAUUACGAUCUACGACGAGUUCAUCGUGGUGUCUGAUGACUUAUAUGUCCCGGUACUACUUGGUUGUCCUACCAUGGGUAAGUUACGCACCACCAUCCGCGUCAGCCCACACGGUAUGCAUGUUACUACUAACGACGAGCACGACUUCAGCCCUUACUCGGCUCCUAAAGAAGUACGGUUCAAUGACAACUACUCUACAGCUAACCAGCUGGAGAAAGACCAACAGGAGAUCACGGCUAU